ACCCUAGAAACAGUUCAGACCGCAGAUACAACAGACCCCAGAUACAACAGAUCCCAGAUACAACAGACCCCAGAUACAACAGGACCCAGAACAACAGACCAGAAACAACAGACCCCCAGAUACAACAGACCCCAGAUACAACAGACCCCAGAUACAACAGGACCCCAGAAACAACAGACCCCAGAAACAACAGACCCCAGAUACAGCAGACCCCAGAUACAACAGAGACUUGGAAACAACAGACCCAGAUACAACAGACCCUCAGAUACAACAGACCCCAGGAUUAUAACAGGACCCCAGAUACAGCAGACCCAGAUACAACAGACCCUAGAUACACAGACCCCAGAUACAACAGACCCCAGAUACAACAGACCCCAGAUACAAUAGAUCCCCAGAAACAACAGAUCCCCAGAUACAACAGACCCCAGAUACAACAGACCCCAGAUAACAGACCCAGAUACAACAGACCCCAGAUACAACAGACCCUCAGAUACAACAGACCCAAAGAUAAACAGACCCCAGAUACAACAGACCCAGAAACAACAGACCCCAGAAACAACAGACCCCAGAUGUAUUGA